GAGCUAACCCGGGAAAGGAGGUACUGAAGACACUUAGGAAAACAGCUUUAGUGAAGGCACCAGCCUGAGGGCGUCCUGGUAGUGCAUCAGAACUUCAGGAAGGAGUGGAUAGACUAAGUAACAGCCAGGGUACCCAGACUAGGAGCAAGCACUAGGAGGUAGCUACCGGCUUACAUGGAUGGCUGAAAGCAUCCCCUGCUUCCCACGAUCUGCCUGGUUAGAGUGGACUUGGCUGCUCUGACUGUCCUCCAGAACACAGGUUAGAGUUUAAUCUUGGAACUCCACUGCCUAAGAAUCUAUAAAUGGCAAAAAUGUACAUGAAAUCCAAGGAUAUGGUGGAGUUGGUCAACACACAAUCCUGGAUGGACAAAGGUCUAGGCUCUCAAAAUGAGAUGAAGGAGCAAGAGAGAAGAUCAGGCUCUUAUGGGAUGCUUGGAACUUUAACUGAAGAGCAUGACAGUAUUGAAGAAGAGGAAGAAGAGGAAGAAGAUGGAGAGAAACCUAAAAGGAGAGGUCCCAAGAAAAAGAAAAUGACCAAAGCUCGCCUGGAGAGGUUCAGAGCUCGAAGAGUCAAGGCCAAUGCUAGAGAACGGACCCGGAUGCAUGGCCUGAAUGAUGCCUUGGAUAACCUUAGGAGGGUCAUGCCAUGUUACUCUAAAACCCAAAAACUUUCCAAGAUAGAGACUCUUCGACUGGCAAGGAACUACAUCUGGGCCUUGUCUGAAGUCCUGGAGACUGGUCAGACACUUGAAGGGAAGGGAUUUGUAGAGAUGCUCUGUAAAGGGCUCUCUCAGCCUACAAGCAAUCUGGUGGCUGGAUGCCUCCAACUAGGACAUCAGUCUGCUCUCCUGGAGAAGCGUGAGGAAAAAUCUCCAAUUUGUGACUCUACUGUCUCUGUCCACAGCUUCAACUACCAGUCUCCAGGGCUCCCCAGCCCUCCUUACGGCCAUAUGGAAACACAUCUUCUCCAUCUCAAGCCUCAACCACUUAAGAGUUUGGGAGACUCUUCUUUUGGGAGCCAUCCACCUGAUUGCAGUACCCCCCCUUAUGAGGGUCCACUCACACCACCCCUGAGCAUCAGUGGCAACUUCUCCUUGAAGCAAGAUGGCUCUCCUGAGUUGGAAAAAUCCUACAGCUUCAUGCCACAUUAUACCUCUGCAAAUCUAAGUUCAGGGCAUGUGCAUUCAACUCCCUUUCAGGCUGGCACUCCCCGCUAUGAUGUUCCUGUAGACAUGACCUAUGAUUCCUACCCCCACCAUGGUAUUGGAACUCAGCUCAAUACAAUCUUCACUGAUUAGGCCUGUAAGAUAAGCACCAGCAUUUCAGAGAAUGAGGUAGAGAUAUCUUCCAUGUUUCUAGUGGCUGAGUUAAACCCUCAAAGAAUUUUAAAGAACCCUUUGGAUAUACAUAAAACAUAAUGGCCCUAGUCCAUUCAGAACCUCCUGUUGCUACCAACUUCCUUCUCAUUAACCUCUCACAUUGUACCGAUUCUUGUAUUUGGGAUCCUCAAGUGGAAAUAUUUGAUGGUUUAUGUUCACAUGGCAAUAGCACAGAAAACCAAGGCCCUGAUCCAAUGGUGCCAAAGACUCAUUGGAUGCUAUGCCAAGUGACUUUCCAUCUCCAGUGUUUGUUGCUUUCUGAUAAAGAUAAAGCAACUGUUCUAAGUCAACACAUACUUUUCAUUUCUUAGAAAUUUCUUAAAGCUAAAAAGCAGUAAAAGAAAAUUGCAUGAAUGUAAUGAUAAAAUGGAACUGGAAGGUGGCAUCAGGUACAUGCCAGUUGGCUCACAGAACACAAAAUUUGUGUGAAUUUGACAGAUCUUUAUAUCUAUCUAAACAUAACUUCCAGAGCCUAAUACAACAACUUGACUACUGUAAAUAGCCAAGUAUGUUCUUUAAGAGAUUAGUUCUAUUUAUCGCUGUGCUGAAAGGUAUGCACAUCAUUUUUAGUGGUUUCAGAACCAUGAUAGAAGCCUCACACAAACUUUAUUAUUUUCUUUUCUUCUUCUUUUUCUUUUAUUUUGAAUUUAGCUUUUGUUUGUUUAUUUUAUUUUUCAUCUCAACUGAAGUUUCUCCUCCCUCUACUCCUCCCAGUUCCUCCCCAUCCACUUCUACUUCCCCCAUCUACUCCCCUUCUUCUGUUUCUACAAACUUUACUCUUGAUACUAUUUAAAAAAAAACAACUGUCUUAGUACUAGGAGUUGAACAAGAAAUCUCUGACUUCUGUGGUCAAUGGGACACAGAAACAUCAGCUAGUUCAUUUCUUAGCUUCAAUGACUAAAGGGCUGUGGGAAUUCUGCCAGUGUCCAGGUGUUUCUGUUGGAAUCAGAACACAGCCAAGUUCACAUUGUAGAGUAAUAAAAUAGCCAUACCAGCUAGCAAAAAUUAAGGGACUCUGCCUAACACCUAGCCAUUGGAAAAACAUGGAUUUUUCUUAAACAUGAUGAAUUUCACUGUUUAAAGAAAAGUGAUUAAAACCAUAGAGCUCCGUACACUCCAGUAUCAUAUAUUCCAGAACCACAAUCACUAAUCAAGCUUAAAUUCUCACAACAUAAAUGUAACUCCUCACUUUACAUCCCCCACUGACUAUUACCUUGUCCUCAUUCCAAGAUAUAAUGUUACUAUAUAUUAUAGCAAACAUUUCAAGAGAAGUGACUUAGAAUUGAGAAUCAAGAUUCAGGGAGAGUGAAUGCUUUUACCAGUUUGUAUCUUCAACACAGGUUUUGAUCAGUCUGGAGAAAGUUUAUUUUUCUUUAUGUGACAUCUCUUUUCUUUGUAUCCAAACUGGCUCUGCUAAGUUUCUCUUUUCUAGGAAAAUUCACUCUGAGAAAUUUUACUAUCCUGAUCCAUCUUCCAGAAUAAUUAUUUAGGCCCAACUCAAGAAUAUAAAUAGCUUAUUUGAUAGUGAGUCGGGGUACAACUAUAGGAAUAAAUUUGAACAAUAUUAAUGACAGAUGAAUAUGCCAUUUUAUCUAUCAAACUAUUUGUUUCUUUCUUCUGUAUUGCUUUUGUUUAUUUUUUCACACUAUAAUUUGCUUUGUGUCCAUCUUACUGCAGCACUUACUCUACUUUGCACCUUUGGCUUAUAAAUAUUUUUAAAAUUUUGUAGAGAUCUUAAACUACACCACCACAGUACUCCCUCCCCGACACACCUUGAAUAGGCAAAGAGAAAUAUUUAUAGAGUCAUCCUCUUAUUUUAUUUUGAGAAUUUAGUGUUACUUGCCUAGCAUUUAUGUUGGUAGAUAAUAAUUUCUAUCUGCAUUAUUUAUUAGAUACUAUUUAUUUAACUUAUUUAUCCCUUCUUUUUAUUUAAGAGUUUGGGUCCCAUAGAUAUAUCUGCAACUCCUUAAAGCUUCUUUGGGAAAGUAGCCUAUAAGUUUGGAGUGAGAGGAAAGAAGAAAACCAGUUCUUGAUGGCUUGUGGUGGUUUUGUAAAAAAGAGCAAUAAUUUGAAUAGCUAUGCAACUUAAUGGCUUUAGUUUUUUCCCCUUUAAGGUGCACCAGAGUUUAAUUAUUGUUUAUGCCUUUGAAGAGUGUAGUACAUAUGAAUAAAGACUGUAAAAUUGUGAAGAGAGAGAGAUUUUAUAAUUGGAUACAAAUUUAGUCUUGUACCAUGCUUGGAAAAAAUUCAUUCUUUAAAUAAUGUCCAUUCUUCUGGAAACAUUUUCAGGUAAAAGGAAGUAAUUGUUUAAAAGA